AUGUGCACGUAUCACAAGGAGCGCGGCCACUACUCCACGCAAUGCCCACCUUUCAAACGGUAUCUUGAAGAGCUAGCAGCAGCGAGGCAUCUAAAUAAGUGGAUUGACGUUCGGCGAAAUCCACUUCCACCACCUCCCCAUGUUAUCGGCAACCUUGUAAGCGUUAUACAAGGGUUGGUUUCCGAAGGAAGGGCUACCGAGCUUCGUUCAAAAAUUGAUAGAGUCGUCGCCUCUUUAUCCGUUUGCAACGUUGGCGCUUCGGGAAAACGAAAAUGGGACGAUCCGAGCUUCGGUAGCACUAUUACUUUUUCACCCGACGACUUGACAGGUGUGCAAUUUCCUCAUACAGACGCCCUCGUUGUCACUGUUGCUAUUGAAAAGUCAACCGUUCAACGGGUAUUGAUAGACCAAGGAAGCUCGGCGGACGUGAUGUUUUAUUCAACAUUCCAGAGCCUCGGAUUAUCUCCCACUCAACUUCGAACAGCGUCAACUCCCCUCGUCAGUUUUACUGGAGCCCCGGUUUGGCCGCUCGGCUUGAUCACCCUCCCCGUGCGAGCUGGAUCACGGGUUCUUGAAAUCGAGUUUGUGGUGGUCGCUUCUCCCAGUCCAUACAACGUGAUACUCGGCCGAACCUGGUUGCACGAGAUGAAAGCAGUCGCUUUAACCUUUCACCAGGUGGUAAAGUUUAUCGGGUGGAAUGGACUUCAGGAGAGCCUCCGAGGGGAUCAAAUCCAAUCGAAGAAAUGCUACAUCAGCACUGUCACAAACAAACAGAGCUGUAUGGACGUACAAUGCGUGGAAGCCACUCCCGUUCCUAUAAUCGAAGAUGUGGGAGUUCCGGCUGAACGAAGAUCUACCGAGGAGUUAAUACGCUUCUCAAUCCCUGGGGGCGAAGGAAGAUAUGUUUUAAUUGGGAGCUCUCUGAGCGUGGCCGAACGCGAGGAGAUGUAUGACUUCCUCACGCGGAACAUAGAAGUUUUUGCUUGGACUCCACAAGACAUGCCGGGUGUGGAUCCUUCGUUCGCCAUGCACUCAUUGAAUGUCGAUCCAAGUAGGCGGCCGGCGGUGCAGAAAGUCCGACGCUCAUCCGCCGCACAUAUCGAAGUUGUAAUGACAGAAGUGGAUCAACUGUUGGAGGCAGGCGUCAUUCGGGAAGUCUUAUAUCCUUCUUGGCUUGCCAAUCCUGUAGUCGUACCGAAGAAAAACGGGAAACUAAGGGUUUGUGUUGAUUACACAAACCUCAACGACGCUUGUCCUAUGGAUAGAUUUCCCCUUCCUUGGAUUGAACAAAUGGUGGACGCAACUGCAGGGUGCGAACGCUUGAGCUUUAUGGAUGCCUAUCGAGGCUAUCACCAAAUAGCGUUGGAUCUGGAAGAUCAGAAGAAGACGGCUUUUAUUUCUCCUCAGGGCACUUACUGCUACAAGGUCGUUCCGUUCGGCCUGAAGAAUGCUGGAGCAACCUUCCAACGCUCCAUCACAAAGAUGUUUCCCGGAAUGCUCGGCAAAAUAGUGGAAGCUUAUAUCGAUGAUCUGGUUUGCAGAAGCACGUUUGCUCGGGACCACCUUCGGGACUUGGGAGAGGUCUUCGCGGUUUUGAAGCGGCGGAAGUUGCGCCUCGACGCUGAGAAGUGUGCGUUUGGUGUAAGUUCGGGGAAGUUCCUCGGUCACAUAAUGAGCCGCCGAGGAAUCCAAGCUGAUCCCACACAGAUCCAGGCCGUGCAAAAUCUCCGAGCUCCCACUACUAUCAAAGAAGUACAACGACUUACAAGAAUGGUGGCUGCCUUGAACCGCUUCAUCUGA